AUGCUACAAUUGACCGAAGCGGGCUUGAUCUCGACGUCGGUGCAAGCGAUUCUAUAUGGCUUCUCUGUUCUCAUGUUCAUGCUGACGUUCUGGAUCCUUUUACGAGGCCAGAGCAAACAGCAUCCAAACUAUGCACUCAUUACGGCGGCCUGUGCUCUCCUUGUCUUGACCACUGCAGAGAUGGUGGUCAAUAUCAUCCGCAUUUGUGAUGGUUUCCUUACAGUUGGACCUUCACUCCCCGGCGGACCCGUUCAAUACUUUAACGACAUCUCUCAACGCACCUUUCUCAUCAAGAGCUGUCUCUUCAAUACGCAAACACUCAUCCUCGAUGCUGUAGUCAUUUAUCGAGCCUACAUCGUCUGGAACAAUAGGCUCUUGGUCGUGGCACUCCCCGUUCUCGGGUGGAUGGGCCUUUUCGCUUGCUCUGUGGGAAAUAACAUCGCACUUGGGACACUUCCACAGGACACGGACAAUAUCUUCGCCAAUUCGAAGGCGACCGGAGAGUGGAUCACCUCGGUAUAUGCUAUGACUCUGGCGACUAAUUUGACUGCCACCAGUCUCCUUGCGUUUCGCAUAUGGAGAAUCAACCGCUCGGUGGCUCAGUACCGUACCAGAGACCGGCUCUCCCCGAUACUGCGAGUCAUCAUCGAAUCUGGAGCCAUAUACUCCGUUACAAUCACGGCCGCACUCGUCACCUUUGUGGUCCAAACUCCUGUGGUCUAUGUUCUUCUCGAUCUGGUCUCCCCUAUCAUUUCCAUCGUUUUCAACAUGAUCAUCAUCGGUGUCGGCAUGGCCUCCGACCGACUCUUUUCCAGCCACCAGGUAACGACCGAGCCAACAACAACCGACCUCCGCUCCUUCGAGCGUGCUCAACGUAGUGGCGGCGGCGCGUUCCGCAUCAAUCGGAUCGGGGCGAACGGGAGCGUCGACGGCCAUGAGUUGAAGUCUAUUGCCGUGCAUAUCACCGAACAUCGCGAGACAGAUGCGGAUAGGUAUGCUGGCGCUUGGAACGGUGCCGGUUGUCAGUGUGACCAUGAUGGGGAUACAGAUACAGAGGCGGAGAGAACGAAGAACCAAGCCCAUGAGGUAGACGUUGAAGAGGCUGACACUCCAAAUGUUUCGCCUACAGACGUUUGA